AUGGCGACUGCUGCUACAGAAUGUGAUGUAAAAGAUGAAGAUUCAAGCCUGAGAACUGUGAUAACUGAAAACUUUGUGAGUUGUCCUAUAUGCCUUGUGGAGUACACUGCCCCGACAGAUUUGCCAUGUAAACAUACAUUUUGUAAAGGGUGUCUGUCGACUUUAAUUUCUGAUUUAAAACCAGGAAGUAAGUUUCCAUGCCCGGUUUGUCAGCGAGAAAUAGAAGUGCCUGAGAAUGGACUGGAGGGCUUUACUCAUAAUUUCUUCGUUGAAAGCUUGCAGGACACUGUUCUUAAACCAACCAAAAAGGCAAAGUGCAGCUUUUGUGCCUUUUCGUCUGAAACUGAAACUAUUGCCACAUCUAAAUGCAUCACCUGCCAUGACUACCUGUGUGAAAAGUGCUCUAAGUUACACUGCAGUACCAGGUUCACCAAAGACCACAAGGUCCUCACUUUUCAACAGAUACAAAGUGAGGAGCACCAAAAAGAGAUCCAAGAACAGCAAGUUAUAUUCUGUUCGGAACACAAUGACGAAACUCUACGUUACUACUGUAUGAAAUGCCAGAAACCCGUCUGUCGUGAUUGUAAGAUCUUAAGUCACGAUGAUCACAAGGUGACAACUUUGUCAACAGCUUCUAAAGGUGUUAGUUGUCAACUACAGGCAAGAUUAGAUGGACUGGGGUCAGAAGACGAAACUAUGCAAGAGGCAAUUGAGAAAGUGGACCAAAUGAUACAAGGCUUUCAGGAAAACAAAGAAUACAUUCAGUUUGAAAUUUCACAAAGAGCAGAUCAUCUUUGUCAAAUGGUGCGCCAAAAAGAAAAAACCCUUCUUAAUGACUUAGAUCAAACGUUUUCUGCUCAGAUGAAAAACUUGAAUAUAUCCCACGAUCAUUUCAGCAGCUUAUCUUCCACCAUUAAGAGUGCUGUAAAUGUAGUGGGAAACACGUUGAAACGAGGUGUCCCGGUAGAGAUCCUCAUGUUAGAGCACCAGUUAAGAAAUAGACUAGAUGAGUUACAGCACACAACAGCCACAACCGAAAUACCCAAAGAAUUAAAACUCACAUUAAAAACCAACCAAGAUGUUGACCAAGAUAUAUUGAGUGGGGCUGGCCUUGGAGAAAUUCAUGAAGAAUGGAGAGACAGUCGCCUCUAUGAACAAGACACCUCCGAGUCCACUCGUGAAGGUGAUGAACAGGCUUCAAAUUCAAACUCAACAUCACCGGCGCCGCCUCCACAAGAAAAACCGAAGUUAAAGGUCAAAGCUGACUGCAUACUGGAGUUUGACACUGGAUCUACAAGACCAGAUGGCAUCUCAUUAAGUCCAUCUGGAGACUAUGUCACCGUCCACGAUGAGGCAGGCAAACUAAAUGUGUUUAGUUCAGAUGGCACAUUUAAAGAUAUCAUUACCAGUGUUUCAGGUACCAAGCUGCAGUAUCCAGAAGGAAUAUGUCACUUCCCUGAUGGCAGAAUGAUUGUGUCUGAUAGUGACAAUAACACAAUGUUUAUGUUGUCAACACAAUGGGAAGUGCUACAAACGGUGUGUGUUCAGGAUCCAAGGGGCGUGGCUCUGAACGACACCUGCACUGAGGUUGCUGUAGUACGUGAGGGGGUGGAAAGGGCGGUAAGUUUGUACAACAUGGACCGGGAAAGACUAUCACUGACUCCUGGUCAUGAAAUAAAUUCUUACAAUGGGACACCAAUAUUCGAUGAACCGUAUAAGGUGGCAUAUAUGAAAAACGGUUGUAUUAUUGCUUGUGAUAUUAAAUCAAAGAAAGUUCAUAUCCUGACCCCAGCUGGUGAACCACUGUAUCAGUACACAGGACCUGAUAACAAAUUAGGUCGCCCCCAUGGGGUCUGUGUUGAUGCAUAUGACAACAUAAUGGUUACAGACUUUGAUAACCACUGUAUACACCUUGUUUCCCGAGAUGGGAAGUUCAUCCAGUACAUAGCAACUGAAGCUGAUGGACUAGAUAAACCAUGGGCAUGUACCAUCAACCAGGAUGGAGAUCUAGUCGUAACAGAAGACGACGGAAAAGCAAGAUUAGAUAAACUGGGGACAGAAGACGAAACUAUAGAAGAGGCAAUUGAGAAAGUGGACCGAAUAAUACAAUGUUUUCAGGAAAACAAAGAAUACGUUCAGUUAGAGAUUUCACAAAGAGCAGAUCAUCUAUGUCAAUUAGUGCGCCAAAAAGAACAAAUCCUUCUUCAUGACUUAGAUCAGACGUUUUCUGCUCAGAUGAAAAACUUAAAUAUAUCCCACGAUUAUUUCAGCAGCUUAUCUUCCACCAUUAAGAGUGCUGUAAAUGUAGUGGGAAACACGUUGAAACGAGGUGUCCCGGUAGAGAUCCUCAUGUUAGAGCAUCAGUUAAGAAAUAGACUAGAGGAGCUACAGCACACAAGAGCCGAAACCGAAAUACCCAAAGAAUUAAAACUCGCAUUAAAUACCAACCAAGAUGUUGACCAAGAUAUAUUGAGAGGGGCUGGCAUUGGACAAAUUCACGAAGAAUGGAGAGAGAGUCGCCUGUAUGAGCAAGACACCUCCGAGUCCACUUGUGAAAGUGAUGACCAGGCUUCAAACUCAGCAUCACCGGUGCCUCAGUCUGAGGGUGAGUGCGUUCUAGAGUUUGAUACUGGAUGUACAAGACCAGUGGGCAUCUCAGUAAGUCCAUCUGGAGACUAUGUUACGGUCCACGACAAGGCAGGGAAGCUGAAUGUUUUUAGUUCAAAUGGCACGCUUAAGACAUCCAUUACCAGUGUUUCAGGUACCAAACUGCAGUUCCCCGUAGGAAUAUGUCACUUCCCUGAUGGCAGAGUGAUUGUGUCUGAUAAUGGCAAUAACAAGCUUUUUAUGUUGUCAUCACAAUGGGAAGUGCUCCAAACGACUUGUGUCCAGGAACCAUGGGGUGUGGCUCUUAACGACAAUUAUUCGGAGGUUGCUGUUGCACAUAUGGGGACGGAAGGGGCGAUACGUUUGUACGACAUUGACAGAGAAAGAAUAGCAUUGACUGCUGAUCAUGAAAUAAAUUCUUACAAUGGGACACCAAUAUUCGAUGAACCAUAUAAGGUGGCAUAUAUGAAAAACGGUUGUAUUAUUGCCUGUGAUGAUAAAGAAAGGAAGGUCCAUAUUCUGACCCCAGCUGGUGAGCCACUGUAUCAGUACGCAUGGCCUGAUUACAACCUAGGUCCACCGUAUGGGGUCUGUGUUGAUGCAUAUGACAACAUACUGGUUACAGAUAAUGCUAACCACUGCAUACACUGUGUAUCCCCAGAUGGAAAGUUCAUCCAGUACAUAGCAACCGAAGCUGAUGGACUAUGUGACCCAUGGGCAUGUACCAUCAACCAGGAUGGAGAUCUUGUGGUAACAGAAGAAAACGGGAAAGUGAAAGUUUUUUGUUAUUUGGAAAAGUAGAAUGUUGAUAUUUACAAUUACAUUGAAUGCA